GUCGCACGAGUUCAUAAUGGAGAGUACAUAAUACGUCGAAUAUUUAUAUGAGUCUAAACGCGUAUUAUACAAUUUUACAAAAUCAAAUAGUUCAUGUUUUAUAUAAGUAACGUAAAUUAAAUAACAAAAGUAUGUGCAUUCAAAUAUACAAUAAUAUUAAUAUCAUAAUCGUUGAACAAAUCGACUUACGUUCUUUUAACCUACAAUGUAGAAGUAAUCAAUUAUGAUAAGUGUUAUAAAACGAAACAUUAUUUUUAAAAAUUAAAGUAAUAUAAUUGAAUGUCUUCGCCUGAAUAUAAAUGAUAUCAUGAACGUCGAUAAUAUCAAUGUUGAAGAUGAAGACGUGGUAAUACAGGGCACUUCCCUGUAUGAACAUUUAUAUAAAUUAGGUUAUAUGGAUUUUGAAAGCGUAUUAAUACCUAAAUCUACGAUCAAAUGCGAAGAAAGGAAAUCCAAAUUAGCUGGUUUUUUAUAUACUGUAAAAAACAGCUUGAAAUGGUUAACUAUUGUAGGUUUAAAAAUAAUUCAGGAUGAUGAUUUAUCUAACAAACAGAUAGAAACCAUUUUAAACGCAAAGGUGCUUUUAAACGAUCAUGCAUUUGCGAUACAUAAUUUUUGCGAAAAGUACAAGUUAAAAUCAUGGAGGUCUACAUUGUUUCAAUUCGUUUCGUUUGGUGCACUCUUAUCAUCUUCAGUUUACAUUUCAUGUAACACUCGAUAUAAAUAUCUAACCAGUUUUUUCACGUCAGUUGUAUUAUCUUACAUUAGUUACAUGAAAUGUUUGAGAAUGCAGGCAUGCAAAAAUUUAAAAUCUUUCGUAAUCUUACAAGGUGACUUGUUUGAUGUUUGUAAAAAGGGAUUGAAAAUUUUGAAAUAUGGAUAUAAAAUAAAGUUAGACAAAGGGAAAAGUGCUCAAAAAUUUUAUAAUCUUACAGCAGAAAGACUGAGAUAUUUGCAACCUAUAGUAGAAAAUAUUGUAAUCUGUUUGGAACAUACUUCGUAUAUUUAUUAUUCUACUUCUUUAAUUCUUCUAAAGUUAUUACCACCAAAUGUUGCUUGCGAAGAUUUGUUAACAAGAUUGAAAUCUGCAUCUCUUGCGAUACGUGGUGAAAUAAAUUAUCAAAAAUUGAAGACUUUAUAUCACACCUACGUUCUUACGCAAUCAGAAAUGUUAUAUUUAUUAGCUAUUGCUUAUGAUAAUUAUAUAUGGCAACAAUCUUACAGUAAAAUUCCUGAAUUAAAAUUAAUUUGCAUUAUACGACAUUUAACAAGAUGUUUGUCAGUACAUAAAAGGAAAUUGUCAGAAGUCAUUGAUGUUUACUAUAGUUUCAAAGCAGAACCAAUGCAAUACAAAUACAAAGGACCACUUUCGUCACAGUGGCAAGAUUUAUACAUGCAUGCAUAUUUAGCAUCGAAUAAGUUACAAUUAGCUUACAAUCAUAUAUUAUCGGUACUUCAGGAUAUCGAUAAUAUUAGCGAAACUGUGACAUAUAAAGAUGCGAUGGAAAAUAUAGAAAAAGAGUUGAACAUGGCUCAAAAGGACAUUGAAAAUGCAAAAGAGUUUGUUGAAUUUAGUAGUUUAUUCCUUAUAAAAACACAAAUCAGUAAUUACACGAAUAAUCAUAUAGAGACAAAUAUUCCAACUUCAGCUGCAGAUUCUGAUACCAUUAUUAUAGAUAACUCGGAACCACAAAUUCUAGACGAAGUUUUCGAAGAAUAUAUUAAAGAAGAAUAUUUAAAGCCUUUAAUCGACGAAAGCGACGAAAUUUCAUUAUACAACUAUAAACGAGACAAAUCGUUAAUUAAAAGUUUCAUGUCCGAAUUAAAGGAUGUUUUAGUGGAUAAACAAAAAUCGAUGUCUGAGAGAGAAUCGAAAGCCCUUGAACGAAUGUAUAAACAUGUAAUGAAGGAAACCGCCUCUGAUGUUCAGCAUUAUCGGGUUCCUACACCUCCGCCGAUGCCUUCGCUUAAUACACCUUCGCCAGCGCCUAAUUAUAUUGGAAUUAAUGAAACUAGUGGUAAUUCGACUGAUAGGUUGCAAUUGAAUGAAAUAUCUGAGAAAUCCGAUAUCAUAAAAUUAAUGUCUGAAUGCCAAAGAAAUUUUAGAGAAAACCAAUUGGACGAAGAUCCUACUGAAGAGAAAUUAGAAAGCACAGUUAUAACUUUACCAAAACCUAAAGAAUUUUCAUCAUUCUUUCCACCACCGUUUUUAAAAGCUGACGAAGAAACGUUUAUAGGUAGCGGCGAAAAUUCCGAAGACGAUGAAAUUAUUAACGUUGCAAACGAUCAGUGAAUCUAAGUCAAUUACCAAUGCGAAAGUAUUUUCAAUUUAUAUUGUUCAUUAUAUUUUCUUUUUUUUACAUAUAUUGAAAUAAAUGUAGGCAUUAAUCCCUCUUAGCAGUA